AUGCCUUUACAGUACGACCCUGAGCUUUUAAAGCAGGCUGCUCCCAUUCUCCAACAGCUCGCCCAGGUCCCAAAGCCAGCGCUACACGAUGUUGCGACAAGACGCGCCAUUAUAGGGGCCAUGGCAACCGAGAACUACAACCUACCAAAAGAUGUGGAACACGAGAUUCACCAUACUGCUGCGCCAGAUGGACACAGCGUGGCCGUGUACCACUAUCGCAAAAAGAUCCCGCUUCCUGAGGGGGGAGCGCCAGCUAUUAUCCAUAUCCACGGCGGAGGAUACAUCGCUCUGAGUGCAUCGCAAUGUGCGAGUCUUCAUGGGGCAUCAGUCUCUCAAACCGGAGUGCAAAUCCUGAGCAUUGAUUAUCGACUAGCACCCGAGAACCCAUAUCCUGUACCCCUGGACGAUUGUUGGGCGGGACUUCAAUGGGUCUACAGCAACGCGGAACAACUGUCUAUCAACCCAGCACGCAUUGCAGUGAUGGGAGAAAGUGCAGGCGGGGGCUUAGCUGCUGCACUGACGCUGCUGGCUCGAGAUCGGGCGCUGUCGCCACCUCUUGCGAAGCAGAUACUCAUUUAUCCCAUGCUGGAUGAUCGGACUGUUACCAACCAUGCGGGCGCGCUGGCAUUCUGGGAUGAGAAGGACAACAUCACAGGUUGGACUGCGUAUCUGGGACCAGACGUGGGAAGUGAUAGGGUUGUUCCCUAUGCUGCCCCAGCUCGAGUUGAGACAGUGGAUGGGUUACCUCCAAUUUACAUCGACUGUCCACAACUCGACAUGUUCUUGUACGAAAGCAUGGAGUAUGCACGCCGGUUCAUGGUGGCCAAUAUCCCAGUGGAAUGCCACAUUUAUCCAGGUCUCGUGCAUGGAUUUGAGGCCCUGGCCUCUGAUGCAGUUGCCACGAAACAGGCUCAUGCCAACCGCUACAAAGCAAUGACUACGUUUUAG